AUGGUUAAGGCAGUUGCUGUUGUUAGAGGAGACUCUACUGUUUCUGGUGUUGUUCACUUUGAACAAACCAAAGAAGAUGAACCCACUACUAUUACUUGGGAAAUCUCUGGUAAUGAUCCAAAUGCUUUAAGAGGUUUCCACAUUCACACCUUUGGUGAUAACACCAACGGUUGUACCUCUGCUGGUCCCCACUUCAACCCAUUCGGUCUUGAACACGGUGCCCCAGAAGAUGAUGACAGACAUGUUGGUGACUUGGGUAACAUCACCACUGAUGGUCAAGGUGUUGCCAAGGGUACUAAACAAGACUUACUUGUUAAAUUGAUUGGUGCCAACUCAAUUCUUGGUAGAACUGUUGUUGUCCAUUCUGGUGUCGACGACUUGGGUAAGGGUGGUCAUAAGGAUUCUAAGAUCACUGGUAAUGCUGGUGGUAGACCUGCGUGUGGUGUUAUUGGUCUUGCCAACUAA